UCACUGAAUAUAGCUCAACAAAACAAACAAUUCUGUCAGACGUUCAUUCCGAAUAAGUAUUAUUGAUAAGACAGCUGUAGUAGUGUAUUAUAGCACUUUCAAACCACGGGCAAGCGUAUUCGAGUAAAGAUGUAUAGACAAUGUGAAUAUAUAAACAGAUGCAUUUAAUUUUUUCUUUUACUACGUAAAAAAGACGUGAAAUAUGAGUGAGAAACAUAAUAGAAAAGUGCAAUAUUUAGCGGGCCUCUGUGCAUCACUGACGUUCACAUUCACUGGUGCUACGUUAGGAUGGGCCUCUCCCGCAAUUCCAAAGUUCAAAAGCGGCGAUGCUAAUAUAGAAAUUACUGAUGCACAAACAUCAUGGGUAGUGUCCUUGCUAUCCGUAGGUGCUCUAUUUGGUUGUUAUAUGGGGCAAGUGCUGAGCGAAGGUGUUGGCCGUCACCGCACCAUAUUAAUAUCAGCAGUACCUGGCCUUCUGGGAGCGAUUAUAAUAUUAUUAACCAAGUGGCCAGAACUGAUGUAUCUGGCUAGGUUCAUGUAUGGCUUGACGACAGGCAGCCUCGCCGUGGUAGUAAUGAUUUACGUAACAGAAAUAGCAGACAAAGAGAUAAGAGGUGCCUUAGGCAUGUUGAUACAAGUGAUGAACAAUUUAGGAGGCCUCAUCAUGUACGGCGUUGGACCCUUCGUGUCUUAUACAGUUCUAAAUGCCAUAAUAUUAGCAAUACCAAUCACGUAUGCCUUGUGUUGUUCGUGGUUACCGGAAUCACCGUAUUAUCAUUUGAAAAACGAGAGAAUAGAUUUAGCUAGGAAGGAGUUCAUGUUCUUAAAAGGUCGGAAUGAUGAGAAGUGGGUAGACGAGCAAUUGGGAAUCAUGCGCGCACAUGUCAGAGAAAGCAUGGAGAAUAAGACAACAGUAAAAGAAUUGUUGACCAACAUGAAGUACAGAAAAGCGCUGUAUAUUGUAGCAGGUUUGAAAAUUGUGCAAUACAUGACUGGUGUAUUCGUUAUACAGUCAUACCUUGAAGUGAUAUUCAGACAGAGUAGUUCCAUCUCUGGUCCACAUGUCAGCAUUAUUUACGGAUUCGUGCAAUUUGGAGCCGGUAUAGGUGCCACGUUUCUGAGUCGAUGGUUCGGACGUCGCGUUCUCAUGUUGAUAUCGUGCCUGGGCGUGUCGAUGUCUAUGACCGCUAUCGGCCUCUACUUCUAUUUACAAGAGUCAGUUAAAAUUAGCGAGGAGGCAUUGAAAUCUCUAUCGCCUUUGCCUCUAGUAGGUUUAUUUGGCUUUAACAUACUAUAUGCAGUGGGCGUUGGGAAUCUCCCUUACGUGAUGCAGGUGGAGUUGUUUCCAGUGAAUGUAAAGGCGGCAGCGUCUAGCUUGGCCACCAUGCUAGCCUGCGCACUAUGUUUUGCUGUAACUAAGUGUUAUUUAAAUGUGAAAGAAAUAUUCGGCCAUUACACAGUCUUUUGGUCAUUCGCUUUAAUAGGUUAUGUUGGAGUGUUGUUUAUAUACUUUUUCGUACCAGAGACUAAGGGCAAGACUUUAGAACAGGUCAUAGAUAAUAUGCAGAAGCCUGCCGAGGCGCAACCUUUACGCAAUAAUAGCGAUGUGAAGAGUUUACAAAUUAUUGAUUAAUUCAUUUUUAUUUCAUUUAAGUAGGCAAUUAAAAUAUGUUGAAUUUCAUCUCUACUGGUCUAAUGUAGACAAUAUGUUGGUUUAGCAUAUUGUCUGUGAUCUCAGUGUAUUUUACCAUAAAUAACUAGGAAAUGUUUGCCAAAGAAAAAAUAUUUAGAAUACAUUCACAUACUUAGGAAAAUCCAUCAUCAUAUUUGUUAUUAAUGUUAAAAAAUCGUAUAAAAUACGUAAUUUUUAUAGAUAAUAAUAGAAUACGUAGUAUAGUGAAUAUGACUGAUAUUCAGACUAAAUAUAUUUUCGGUACUUACAGAUGAAGCGUGUACCUCAUUUGUUGCAGAGCAAAACAGGCUUAUACAUCAUAUGUUAUUUAUCAUAGUUUAGGCACAUAUAAGUUGAUAAUCUACAGGCGACCUACGACAUAACAAGUAUUAAUAAAUGGCCUAAGAAAUAUAAGUUAGAAAAAUGUGAUUAGGAGCAUAUCUAUCGGAUUGAAAACUUUAGAAUAGUUACUGUAGAUAAAAAUGUUUUGGAUAAUUUUGUGUCUUCUCUUAUACCUCCUGUAAAUUCAGAACUUUUUUUAUAUACUUUACAUAAAAGCAACGGAACACUAUUUAAUAUUUAAGUAUUUUUGUAUAGUAGAAAUGUAUGUUAGGAUAGUAAAAAUAAAAGAAGUUAUGAGAUAAAAUAUUUGAACUGUUUAAAAAUAUUCCAAUACAUAGAUUUAAUUUUAUGUUAAAAGCGUCUUUUGGUAAAA